CUUUCUGAAACAGAGUAAAAACUCCUGGGAAGGUUACAUUUAUUUCGACUAGGAUAAAGUAUGACCUAAUGUCACAUAAUAGAACCUAAAACUGGAACGGCACUCUCCAUAUCAAAGGUUAUUUCUCACUUAGCCGGCCUAUGACGCUACUUGAGAGGUUCGACGAAGUAUAUCUAUACUUGCAACGUUCCCUACUUUUGAAUCACUUAAAUUGCAGCAACCAACCCGCUACUUCUACAACUCAUUGAUCACCCUUCUAACAAUAAAUCAUUACUGGCGUCGAAAGAAUGCAACUUCAACCUAUCAUCAUCCUCGCCACUUUGGCGAAAACUGUCUACAGUCUCGGGUGGGCCUAUGCAGAAUGCAGAAUCGCCGUAGGUCACCGAGUCUCCGUCGAUGCUAUAAUCCCUAAAUCCUACCAACUCUUCAUUCUUCUACAAAAAGUCUUGAUUGGAUCUCUAACACUUUCUUUAGGGUACUCCCGACGUCGACACAACCAAGGAAGCAUGUGUGGCUGCUAAGGCCAAUAAUGGCUGUACCGAUUGCAACUAUGUAAUCGGAUAUCAGUAUUUUGCUUAUAAAAGUAACCAACGCCUUAUUGAUCCUAAUCCUCUCGGGGUAUGUACUACUCCCUUCCCAGAGGUCAAAUCGGCGGGGUGCUAAUUGUGAUAUGUAGUGGAAUCAGGUAUGCCUAAACGCUGGUGCCAAUUCAGGAACGGGCAAAUGAAUAUGGAAACGAUUCUCAAUUGGGGUACCGGGUUCCAUUUGGCUCGUAUAUUGAAUGCAAAGCAAAUAUCACUCCAAAAUAGUCAUCUAGCCUCUGGGGAACGCGAGGAUGGUGGUGGAGCUGUGGUGUAACAAGAGAGAUGCCGGGGGGGUUUGAAUUUAUAUGUUGUAGGUUCGUAUGACUGAGCGCGGACAAUGUAUGUUCAAAAGAUACGAGAAGGGGUUCUUAUUAUAUUCAUUUCAUGAUUUCAAAAUGAUCAAGAAUGCAUUCACAUUGGAAGGGGGUCAAUCUUUUAAACAAUACUGGAAAGCGACAAAUGAAGCAAUGGUUGAAAGUAAAUUAUUCUCAUUGGGAAACAGUUUUUUCAAAAACCUCUCGGCAUUAAUCAUAAUUUAUGUAAUGUCAAAAAUUAUUUUAG